AUGAAAAAUGCUAUGAAAAUUAAUGACUGGGUCAGCCUGCAAGAGAGCUUUGACAAGAUUAAUAAGCAAUUGGAGAAGGUGAUGCGAGUCAAUGAGUCUGACAGGGUGCCAAAUGUUUAUAUUAAAGCUCUUGUUAUGUUGGAAGACUUCUUAAAUCAGGCGUUAGCUAAUAAGGAGGCAAAGAAGAAGAUGAGCAGUAGUAAUGCUAAGGCACUAAAUUCGAUGAAGCAGAAGCUGAAGAAGAACAAUAAACAGUAUGAAGAGAUGAUUAACAAGUAUAGGGAGAAUCCUGAAGUUGAGGAGGAAGAAGAUGGAGAUGAUGAUGACGAGGAUGGGGAAGAUGAGGACUCAGAGUUUGAGGAAGACCCUUCAAAACUUGGUAUGGAAUCUGAUGCAGAAGAAGAUGAGGACAAGGAAGCUGGUGAGGAUGAUGCAAAUGAAACUGGUCCAGGGUGGGAAAAGAUGAUGAGCAAAAAAGAUAAGCUCAUGGAUAAACAGUUCAAGGACCCAAGUCAAAUCACCUGGGAUACAGUCAACAAGAAGUUCAAGGAGAUUGUAGCUGCAAGAGGAAGGAAGGGAACUGGAAGGAUUGAGUUGGUUGAGCAACUCACAUUCUUGACCAGAGUUGCCAAGACCCCUGCUCAGAAGCUUGAGAUUUUAUUUAGUGUUGUCUCUGCGCAGUUUGAUGUUAAUCCUAGUCUCGAAGGACUUAAAAACGGACUCACGUCAUGCCCUGUAUGCAUCUUCUACAAGUCCAGUACCCUUAAUAGCAAGCAACCCCAUGUAACUUGUCACCAUGGCAUGACACUCUACAAGUGUAAAAGAACACCAGUCCAUUUAGGUUUUAGGAUUUAA